AUGGAAUUUGCUCUGAAUAAGAUUGAUAAACAUUGGGACAAUAACAGAAGCCUUAAUCAACAUAUGAAUGACCUGAAAAGGAAAGUAAUGGAAUUGAAUGGUGUGAAGGAAGAUAUAGAUUCUAGAAUGAAAGUAGAGCUGCAGCCAAGAAAGAAACUCAAAAGGGAGGUCCAGAUAUGGUUAGAAAACGUUGAAAGAAUCAAUGGCGAAGUUCAAAACCUUAAUGAACGAAUCGGUGAAAGUAGUACUCUUACACGUGGAUUUCAUGCAGAUGAUGUGUUAAAGAGGAUAAGAGAAGUUGAGGAACUUAUUCAGUUUUGUCGACAACAAGAUUAUCAGGUGAAAGGUACAAAGGUCUGUAUGGAAGAGAUUUGGAAGUGCUUGAUGGAUGAUGAGGUUGGAAAGAUUGGAGUUUGGGGGAUGGGUGGUGUGGGGAAAACAAGCAUCAUGAAACUUAUAAACAAUCAACUCUUACAAGAGAGGGAGAAGUUCGAUAUUGUGAUUUGGAUCACUGCACCCAAGGAGAUGAGUAUUGCUAAGCUACAGAAGGCCAUUGCAAGUCAAAUUAAAGUAACUUUUUGUGGUGACGAAUGUGAAACAAGAAGGGCACGGAUGCUGUUUGAAACAUUGUCUUGGAAGAGUAGAUUUGUGGUGAUCUUUGAUGAUAUAUGGGAAGCGGUUUCCCUUGAGAAGCUAGGAAUUCCUGAGCCAUCUACUGGGAUUAAAUUAGUGUUGAAAACUAAAAAAAGAAAACUAAAAAAAUGGGGGAGAUGA